AGAUAUGUGAUACAACAUAUUAAAUUAAUUAAUACGUUUUUAAGCUUUUUGGUUGUUUUCUAUAACAGAAAUAAUAAUGAUAAAAAUGUAAAACUGUGUAGUUUUAAGUCAGAACCCUUCAAAUAUUCUUGGAUUGUUUAUUGUUUGUUUGUUGUCUUCCAGGUGAAGAGUGUGUUCAACAUGACGGCGAAGGAGGGCAGGAAGAGGUCCAUCAGCUGUCUGGUCGCUGUGGGGAACGGAAACGGAGCCGCAGGCUUUGCUUUGGGGAAAGCAGCCGACAGAAUCACCGCUCUGAGGAAGGCGAAGAACAGAGCGAUCCACUACUUGUACUACAUCGAGCGCUACAACAACCAGACCAUUUAUCACGACAUCCAGUCAAAGUUCAAGAGGACGACGCUCUGCAUGAAGAAACAGAACGACGGCUACGGUCUGCACUGCCACCGCGCCGUCAUCACUCUGUGCAGGCUGAUCGGCAUCAAGGACAUUUACUGCAAAGUGGAGGGAUCGGUCAACCUGCUCAACAUCACCAGGGCCCUCUUCACCGGGUUAGCCAAUCAGGAGAUCCACCAGAAGCUGGCCGACAAGAAGCAGCUCCACGUGGUGGAGUACCAGUCUCAGCGGGGCCCUCUGCCCGUGGUGGUGGCGAGUCCCAGAGACGGGGCCCGACCCGAGCCGGAGCCCCGGGACGAGAUACCCAACACCCGGCUCAACUGGGACGACGUGCGGGCCGCGCAGGGAAUCAAACGCUCGAUCUGGGCGGGUGUGAAACGCACCAUCUGGUAGAGUGGGAGAGUGCGGACCACGAGACGGGCGAUGAUGGAGGCCGGAGGGCCGAAAAUAUGUGGGAAAUAAGAACGUUUGUUCUCCAAAUGUGGUGGAUUGAGAUUGUUUUGUCAUCCAAAGACGUGUUACAUGUUGACAUAAUGCACCCAGUGAAGGCCGACAGUGACACAAUGUUAACGUCAUCAAUGUUGUUUUCUAUAGAACUUCCUCUUCCACCUUCAACUGUUGCUAAAUGUAGUGAUGUCAUAAAGUUCAGAUCUGUAAAAACGUGUGAUUCGUCCCUUUUGUGUCUCUAAAGCAUUGAAUGAAGCAUGUUGUACCUGAUGAACUUCCUGUCUGGACCAACAAUGAGCAACAAGUAUUUCACCUCUCUGGGACUUGAGAGGUUCAGGUUUAGAUUUGCACCUUGUUUAAAGUUUUAGCCCAAAUAGUCGAGGCAACCAGACCUGAAGGGAAACAACCAAGAAAGAAAUGAGUUCUUCCACAAGUUGAAGUGUUGCUUCUUCAGUGGAGGAAGUGUUGAAGACAAUAACGCCAUGCAUUAAACAUAUUAAUCCGUCAAACUAUGUAAAUGCUCCAGGUGAGGCUUGAACUCACAACCUCGGCAUGACUCUACAGUGUACUGUCUUAUAAGUACCGUGCGCUGACCGAUUGCGCCACUGGAGCUCAUGUCUGUGUGCCUUACAUAUGAUAAUGAAUCUGAACCUGUGAUGACGUUGGGUGUGUGUGACGUUGCUGCUGCUGUGAUUCUGUAUCAGGAUAAACACUCCUGUGUGUCUCUGAUUUCACUACAAAGUGUGAAAGCUUCCAACAUGUUCACAUUCUGCUCCUCAUGAUGUUCUCUGCUCUUAGCUCAUGUUUAGUGUUUCCUGUUUUAUUUUGUU